UUGUCAGUAAAAACGGUAAAGUUCAAAAAGUCCAACUUCAUAAAGCAAAAAAAAAUCCAAAUGACACUUUUUCCAUUGGAAGGACUUGGCAGUUGGAACAAGUCCGAAAAAUCGAAUCAGUUGAUAAUAUCACCUUUGUGAUAACAAUAUCUAAACCUUAUUGUUGGACAACUGAUUCACAAGGAGAAAAGAAAGUUUUUUUGAGUCAGCUUUUAAAGACCUUUAAAAAACAUACCAAAAAGUUACCUAAACUUUUUAAACUUGAUGAUGAUUUAUUAGCACUUGCAAGCC